UGCGGCGCAGCUGCUGAAGGACUGAGGCGGGUGUUGGUUUGGAACUCCAGAGCGCGCCUGUCCGCACACUUGGGAACGAGCAAUAUGGCAGAGGCAAGGGGCCCUGCUCACCUUUUUGAUGUCUGUAACCAAAAGUUCUCAGAAUUCCUCUUCAAUGCUGAACAUAAAUGCUUGGUGUGGCUGCGGGAAAUUGAGGAGGAGGCCCUGAAGAUGUUUAGUAGUAACUUCAGUGCUGAGCCUGAGCUGAUACCCAAAACACCUUCUCAGAAGAGGUGUCGAAAGAAGAAGCGAUCCUUGUCUUUUAAGGAUGAAAAUAAGGAACAAAUGCGAAAAAGACUAUCUAGAAGAAGAAGUAGUGUAAAGACAGCAUCUUUUCAGAGAUUUUCUGCAAGCAAAGAGGGACUGAAGAACUUUGAUAUGGGAAUAGCAGUAACUACAGCUGAUCUCAUGAUGAGCUCUGCUAAGGAACCUUCAGAAACACAGAACAACACAGUUAUAACCCCAAGAGGAGAAGAAGCACUUGGAACUGACUGUAGCCAAGAAACUGAAAUAAAAGGAAAGAGGAAUGAGGGGGUGCUUGCGGGCCCUGAAACUGUCCCUAUGUGUUCAGGUGGCCAUUUGCUUGAUGGACCUGGGGCUACAGAGAUGGCAGGUGUAGCAAAUGGUUCUCCAGUGAUUCUCUCAGACACCCUUGAUCCAGCAAAGACAGUAAAAGACUGGAGUGCCUCCAGAGUAAUGCGUACUUCCACUCCAAAAGCACUGCUAAAUGGGAUGCCUACAUGUCAAGGAGAAGAGAUUCCUACACAAGAAUUAGAUAAUAAUUUGGUGCCAGAGGAUUGGGUCUCAGAAGAAUUAAAGGACAGCAUUAGAAUCUCUGUAGGUUCCCAAUCAGGCUGUCGCCGUUCAAAUAGACCCCCUAGGAACAGGAGUAUAUCACUUGUGGAGAAGUACUCAUUGUCCAACAAGAGGAAGAGUGCCAUUCGCAAAUCCAUCAGCAGGACAAUUGCGAGGAAGAAAGCGGCUCAUGACUCCUCAUCUGCUUCUAGUCGAGUUAGCUGCCAUAGUUCCGUUGAAGUAUUUAUGGAUGAUGAAACCAGCAAAUUAGGGUGAGCAAGCUCUACGAAAUAUACAGAAAUCCCAAACGUUCUUUCUGGCUGCAGCUUUGUGCAUGUUUACGCAGUGACGCUACAAAAAAUGCCUUCUACUUUGGGUGCACCUAAUCUGACUGAUAGCUGUGCUGUCCAAAGUCCAGAUCAACUUCAGAUGGAACAAGGAGAAGUGUGCAGUAAAGAGAGACUUGAAACUAAACCUGACUCCCACAGUAGUGAUCCUGAAGACUCAGCCCAGAAGACCACUCCCCAUGAACAGUCAAAAAAUAGUCGGAACCAAAGUUAUAAGCAAGCACUCAGUAAGCUGCCUUCUGCCCCAGAAACGCAAGAUGAAAACUCCACUUCUAGUAACAAAACUCACAAAACUACAUUCUCUCCUACAAAAACGGUAUUGUCUUCCUCUUCCAAGAUCAUGCGGCCCUUCAGAAAUUUCUUUCAGUCCAUGCAGAAGAAUCAGCUACUCAAAUCCCCUGCCUCUCCAGGUCCCAAACGUAACACUCCCACUAAACCUGCAGCCAAGGGGGAGUUUGUUGAAAAAGAGCGACAGCGCCUGGAGAGUCUGAGGAAAAAACAAGAAGCAGAACAGCAGAGGAAACAGAAAGUGGAGGAAGAAAAGAGACGACGGUUGGAAGAGAUAAAACUGCAACGUGAAGAGCGGCUAAGAAAGGCACUGCAAGCAAGGGAACGGGUGGAGCAGAUGGAGGAAGAGAAGAAGAAGCGACUAGGACAGAAGUUCUCCCAGCAAGAGGAAAGGAGUGAGAAGGUGCGAGAAGAGAAAAUGGCAGAGGAAAAGACCAAGAAAAAAAUGUCAAUUAAGAAAAUGGGGGAAGCAUAUGCCAGAAAACAGAAACUUCUUCAGGUGGAAGAAGAGCCAAAGCUCCAGGAGCAGCCAGAAAGAUGGAAGACAGUUGGGGAAAUUAAGAAAAUGUUAGAGCACAAGAGUGCACACCAGGGGAAAGGGCACCACGGACAGCAAGAUAAAGAGAGACUGAUGAAACCUCUGGAGCUGGCAGCUCUUACGGAAGAAGAGGAAAAUCUGAAGGAGGGACAAAAUCCUAACCUUGCGGAACAGCCACAGAAGAAAAAGCAAGCUGUACAUGUGGAAGAAGUUCCUGCUGUGAGUAAAUGGCUGAACAUCACUGCCCAGAAGUCUGUUGACAGCCCCAAACAUAGGAGCUCCCAAGAUUUGAAAGAUGCCACAUCCCUCAAAGUCAACCUCAAUGACUAUGGAAUGGAUUUGAAUAGCGAUGACUCUACUGAUGAUGAAAGCCAGCCUCGCAAGCCCAUCCCUUUGUGGGCCAAUGGCCUUCAGCUUAACGAAGCUGUCACAUACCAGUACUACAACCCUCCGGACAUCAACAAGUUAUUCGGACUCAUACUGAGCCCUAAGCUAGAGAAUAUCUUCUACAAAAGCAAACCCAGGUAUUUCAAGCGCACAAGCUCCGCUGUCUGGCAGUCACCACCUCAGCCUGGUACCAAAACAGCUUUGCGUGCUUCCAAUAGCAUGAAAAAACACUGAGGCUGUAUAGAAACGCUCAUUGUUGUCACCUGUUUUUGCCUGCCAAAACUCUCCAAGAUGCAUGUGUAAACCAUUUUAAUUUGUCAUAUAUUGUGCAAUAAAGGUUUAAAUGUUGAAAAUUU